AUGAAGAGCAAUGAUCAUGCAACCAUUGAUGUCCCAGAGUCAAGCGCUGUUGCAAAAGGAAAAGCACCUCUGAUAGGGUCUCCGAUGGAGCAAAAGAGAGGGCUCAACAAGGGAUUGGGCAUUGCCGACUUCCUUUUGAGACUAGGAGCCAUAGCCGCUGCUCUUGCUGCUGCAGCCACCAUGGGUACCAGCGACCAAACUCUUCCUUUCUUCACUCAGUUCUUCCAGUUCGAAGCUAGUUAUGACGAUAUCCCCACAUUCAUGUUUUUCGUCAUUGCAAUGGCACUGAUCGCCGGCUAUCUCGUCCUUUCGCUCCCUUUCUCCAUAGUUACUAUCGUCCGCCCUUAUGCCGUUGCACCCAGACUCUUGUUAUUCAUUUUAGACACUGUGGCAUUGACUCUGACCACGGCGGCCGGUGGGGCGGCAGCGGCCAUAGUCUACUUAGCUCACAAUGGAAAUCCUAACACAAACUGGCUAGCCAUCUGCCAACAAUUUGGUGAUUUUUGCCAGAAUGUGAGCGGAGCUGUGGUGGCAUCCUUCGUCACCGUAGUGGUCCUCAUGGUGUUGAUUCUUCUCUCUGGUUUUGCUCUCAAAAGGCACUGA